GCAAAGAGAGCAAGUCAGACCCCGAUUGUCCACCAUUUAGAACUUCUCAAGUCCAGAUAUCUGCCACCUCUGCCACUGGCUGAGAUGUAACGUCCGUUCCAAUGGGAGACUGGAACUUGCUGGGAAAGCUUCUCGAGAGUGCACAGGAACAUUCGACUGUAGUGGGCAAAGUCUGGCUGACUGUCCUCUUCAUCUUUAGAAUACUCGUCCUAGGAUCAGCUGCCGAAAAGGUUUGGGGGGACGAACAGUCUGGUUUUACCUGUGACACCAAACAGCCUGGUUGUCAAAACGUGUGUUACGAUCACACGUUUCCCAUUUCACACAUUCGAUUCUGGGUGCUGCAGAUCAUCUUCGUGUCCACCCCAACUCUCAUCUACCUGGGCCACAUUCUGCACCUCGUGCGGCUGGAAGAGAAGCGCAAGCAGAAGGAAAAGUUGCGGCAAAGCAAAGGAGACCCCCAGGGUGACAAGCAGCUGCUCCUAGUGCCAAACAAGCCUGCCAAACUCCCUGUUAAGGAUGACUUGGGCAAAGUGCGUCUGCGAGGGGCGCUGCUGCGCACAUAUGUAUUCAAUGUCAUCUUCAAGACCUUGUUUGAGGUAGGAUUCAUAGUGGCGCAAUAUUUGCUUUAUGGAUUCCAGCUGCAGCCACUCUACACCUGCAGCCGCUGGCCUUGUCCUAACACUGUAAACUGUUAUAUUUCUCGACCUACAGAGAAAACUAUAUUUAUUGUUUUUAUGUUGGCUGUUGCAUGCUUGUCUCUGCUGCUCAACUUGAUAGAGGUUUACUAUUUGGGAUUCACAAAGUGCAGGCAAGGACUGUCCCCAUCACAGAAUGAAACCAUAACCAAGUUACCUACAAAGACUAGCAGUACAACCCUGACCCACAUUAUCCCCCACUAUCCCCAUUAUUCUCCAACUGAGAAGGGAUCUGCCUUCAGUCCAUCACUUGCGUUUCCCCUGUCGCCAAACAAGAAUGCGUCCACUGUAAUGGACAGCAGCCAAGCUGCGCGCAAACAAAAUCGCGAUAACCAGGCCGUGGAACGCAAUGGGAUUCCUGAUCUGAACGUUGCAUCUGAAAGCAGCAGCGAGUUGGACCAAUUUGAGCAGCAUCGGCUUCCCAGCAGAAACAGCAGGCAUAGCAGCAACCGAUCCCGGCCGGGAGUCCUUGCGGUGUAAGCUUGCUGAUCAAGGCAUAAAAACAGCAAACUUGUGCCACAAUACUGGGUGCACCCUAGAAAUAAUAAUGAACAGGUUUUUUUCUAAACAAAACUCAUCUUAAUUUGAAAACAUUCAGGUUUUAUGUUCUCUAAAUGUUUACAUGUUUAUUAAAAUUAAUAUUUAAGUAA